AUGGCCCCGCCAGCCGUCCUGACGCGCCGCAAUGAGAGCGGCACGGUUGGCACAGGAGAUGGCAACUGGCGAGCAAUUGCCUCGGACGAGGACUUUAUUCUGGAAGGAUGGUCUGAGGGCUUCAUGGUCGGCGCGCUCGUCAUUAUGGCAUGCAUUACCAUCGCAAAUAUGAGGAGGGGUGUUCUCUUGCACAAACUGAUUUUGAUCGAGCAACUUGCGGCACUCUCACAUGGGCUCAUAGGAACAUUCUGUUUCAUGGAUUUCUCGGGUUAUGGGUGGUAUUUGUCGGCGACCGCCACCCUGUUGUACAUGUCCUGGAUCGUCCACAACAUCGUCGCCUGGAUGAAGAUCAAACCUUUCUUCAUGGACUCGAGAAGCAUGUUCAAGCCUGAGACGGGCAAAUGGGUCCGGAGGAUAUACCUGGGGACCUUGGCCCUUACGAUUCCUUUCAUCUGUUGGCAGAUUUCGAACAAUUUUCGCUUCUUCAACAACAUCAACGACUUUUACGUCAAAGUCCGCCCUUACGAGCCGCUCAUGCGAGACCCGUGGUGGGUUUUUACCUGUCUGACCCUGUUCUAUGUCAUCAACUCCGUGUAUGGGACGGGAGUCUUUGAACUCAUUAAGCGAUCUCCCCGCUUCGGAAUUCUCCUUUGUGCCAUCUGUUUCUCCCUCAUCUUCACGGCGGUGGAUAUUGCUGCAAGUAUCCACGAUUUCACCGGUAGUAUUGACGGGAUCAAUCCGUGGUGGAAACUGAGUUUGGUAUUCAAGUGCCUGACGGAUACAAUCAUGCUCGACGAUUUCAAGACCGAGCUGAAGCGUCUCGGCAUCCGACGCAUGCGCAAGGACGAAUUAAGGAGGCAUAGCUUUGCCCUGGUCGGCGAUCCCAACGACUACAAAGAAGGAGAUGAUCAAAUGGAAUUCUCCGACGCUUUGAACACGAAUCCUCUCCAAUUCCAGACGAUGCACACUCUGGAUGACAGUCCAAGAAGCAGCCCAAUGGGCCGUUUGCGUCAAGAUUCAAUCACCAAGUCACCAACGAACGAGAAGGAGGCCAUUGGGAAAUCGGGCAAGAAGAUCUCCAAGCUGCCGACCCUGAAGAACUUCUCGUUUGCGUCCGCGCCUCGCAAGAAGGUCCGGAUCCAAGAUCCCGAGACCGAGGGUCAAGAGGGAGACUCUCCUCCUCCUGCUCCCCCCGCUGCUGACCGCCUGGCCGAUAUGAGACGAAGUCUAGGUGUUAUCGACUACCACGGUCGUUGA